UGGUCGCUAAUAAAAAAGCCUUGCCUGCGCACCGGAUUAUAAGGCGCACUGCCGAUGAAUGGUCGGUCUAUUUUCGAUCUUUUUUCAUAUUUUAGGCACACCGGAUUAUAAGGCUUAUUAAAGGAGUUAAAUUUUUAUUUUUUAUUUUAAAUUGAUAACACUGCCUUGUGGUCGAAAUAACAUUAAGACCACAUGGUGGUCCACAUGGCUUUUUGGUCAAAAUGUUACGUAGAUUAUGUUUUACAGACCAUCUUCAAGCUGCUUUCUGACCGUAGCUUCAUGAUGCGCCUUUUUGUAGGCGGUCUUAUUUACGUGGCUCACCUUUUCUUCUCCCCGUCAUCUUUGUUGUAGCGGUGUAGUGUGCAAGGACGGGAGUGAAAGAGGUGUAAAAAGACGGAGCUAACUGUUUCUCCCGUCAUGAGUAAUGUUUUUCAUAAUCCAGUGGUAAAAACUAUGGCCGACCCCUACAUUAUGCCACCGUACAUUAUGCAUACCGUAUUUUCCGGACCAUAGGGCGCACCGGAUUAUAAGGCGCACUGCCGAUGAAUGGUCUAUUUUCGAUCUUUUUUCACAUAUUAGGCGCACCGGAUUAUAGGACACAUUAAAGGAGUUAUAUUUUCAUUUUUUUCUGAAUUGAAAAUACUUCCUAGUGGUCUACAUAACAUGGAAUGGUGGUUCUUUGGUCAAAAUGUUGCAUAGAUUAUGUUUUACAGACCAUCUUCAAGCUGCUUUCUGACAGUCGCUUCAGGAUGUGCUGUUUAGUGGGUGGUCUUAUUUACGUGGCUCACUUUCGGCAGCGUCUUCUCCCCGUCAUCUUUGUUUUAGCGGUGUAGCGUGCAAGGACGUGAGUGGAAGAAGUGUCAAAAGAUCAAGUUAACUGUUUUAAUGACAUUCAGAUUUUACUUACAUCAAUAACGGAGCAGCAUCUCAUCCGGAAACAAAAAGUGUUGUUGUCCUGUGAAAAACCGUCCGACCGGAACUCUCUAUUAACUAAUGUUCCUUGAGGAAAUAACGUAAACUCACUACACCGGCGUGUUUUAGCGCUUUCAUUACGGGUUAACUGACAGAUAAAGGUAAGAACUUUACACUACGUUAUAUUAGAAAUGGCAACAGCGGAGGAUGAAUGUCUUAUAACAAGCAGAACGAGAAAAAGCAGAAGCUUAUCGACUACAGUGUCGACAUGGACUACAAAGGGGGACUCGCACAAUUUUUUUUAGGAUUUACGCAGAUCCCAAAUACAGAUCAGCAGGUACCAGAAGGAGAGCUCUCAUCGGAUAAUGGCAGAACUUUCAACCUUGUCCCCGUCACCAUCCGCAUUGAGUGACCCCCACGUGACGACUCCUGUCCCCUCAUCCUCGCUGGCAGCCCGCACUCCUGACCUGGCCAUGGCAACAUCAACACCCAAAUGUUUGAUUGAAACUACUCCGGCACCGCAGCCGGAGGGCGUGACUUCCGCACCGCUGCCACCUCAGAGUCCCUUGAAGGUCGCUGCUGAAACACCGGUGGGUGCCCUCCCUUGUGUAUGUCAGGGGGCGGCGGCGGCACAACAUGAGGAUGAGGAGGCAAAGACUGGCGCUCAUGUUGAGCGUCAGGACCUUCUCUCCAAUGAAGCUUCACUCGCAGCUCCGCCGGAUUUGUCUUCCAGGGAGCUUACCGCUCAACCGACGUCCCCUUCCACUGACCUUACCCCAGGCCCAAAUCUCUACCCUAGUGUGCACGUUACCCACAACCCGCACCCUGGUGGGGAUGAUGUCGCCCAACCCGCAGACGGAGACGCCACAGUGACCGUAGAGGAGAAACCUCAGAAAGAACAAGCCCCCAAGAGUCCACCUCCACCUUUGUCCCCUAAGCCCCAGAGUCCACCUCCACCUUUGUCCCCUAAGCCCCAGAGUCCACCUCCACCUUUGUCCCCUAAGCCCCAGAGUCCACCUCCACCUUUGUCCCCUAAGCCCCAGAGUCCACCUCCACCUGUGUCCCCUAAGCCCCAGAGUCCACCUCCACCUGUGUCCCCUAAGCCCCAGAGUCCACUUCCCCCUGUGUCCCCUAAGCCCCUGAGUCCACGUCCACCUGUGUCCCCGAAGCCCCAGAGUCCCAUUAAAGCACAGCCGCCAUGCAGCCCCACCGCCAGGUCCGGGGACCCCAGUCCGACGGUGCCGUUCAUCCAAGAGCCAGCCCCUUUCUUCCCGCUGGCCACCUCACGCCCGGCCCCCGACACCCUCAGCUACUUGGAAUCAGCCAGCCUGAUGUCGGGCACUCUGGAGUCCCUGUCUGGCUUGGGGGAGGAUGGGAGCUCGAUUGGCUCCGAUUCGGAAAUCAAUGGUUUGGCGGUCAAGCGUACUGACAAGUACGGAUUUUUGGGCGGCACUCAGUACAGCGAAAGCGGUGAAAAAGAAAUUCGGAUUGAAGUGGCCCGGCAGAGAGAGAUGAAAUGGCUGGAAAUGUUCAACAACUGGGAUAAGUGGAUCAAACAUCGCUUCCAGAAGGUGAAGUUGCGCUGCAGGAAAGGUAUUCCGUCAUCUCUCCGCUCCAAAGCGUGGCAGCUGCUGUCCAACAGCCAGGAGCUGCUGGAUGCCAACAUCGGCAAGUUCGAGGAGCUGGAGAGGGAGCCAGGAGAGGCCAAGUGGUUGGACAUCAUUGAGAAGGAUCUUCACAGGCAGUUCCCCUUCCACGAGAUGUUUGCUGCACGCGGGGGUCAUGGACAACAGGAUCUGUACCGCAUCCUGAAGGCUUACACCAUCUACAGGCCUGACGAGGGCUACUGCCAGGCGCAGGCUCCCGUGGCUGCUGUCCUCCUCAUGCACAUGCCUGCAGAGCAAGCCUUCUGGUGCCUCGUCCAGAUUUGCGAGAAGUACCUUCCGGGCUACUACAGUGCCGGGCUGGAGGCCAUCCAGCUGGAUGGCGAGAUCUUCUUCUCGCUGCUGCGCCGCACGUGUCCCAUGGCCUACCGCCACCUCAAGAAGUUCAAGAUUGACCCCAUCCUCUACAUGACCGAGUGGUUUAUGUGCAUCUUCUCGCGCACGCUGCCGUGGGCGUGUGUACUGCGCGUUUGGGACAUGUUCUUCUGUGAAGGCGUGAAGAUCGUGUUCCGCGUGGGCCUGGUGCUGCUCAAACAGAUGCUGGGCUCCGUGGACAAAUUGCGGGAGCUGCAAGGGAUGUACGAGACCAUGGAGCGUCUGAGGAGCAUCUCCCCUGACACCAUCAGGGAGGACACUCUGGUCCAGGAGAUCAUUCUGAUGCAGGUCACUGAGGGCCUGAUAGAGCGGGAGUGCACCAUCCAAGUGAGGAAGUGGAGAGAGUCCAGAGGUGAGCUGACACACCAGCCGGGCCGCCGCCUCCACGGCACCAGAGCCAUCUUUGAGCACAAACGCCGCGCCGCUUCCAUCAGCUCUGGCGGGAGCUUCUCUUUUCUGGCCAGCUCCAUUCCUCCGCCAGGACCUCUCCGGGCCUCCUCGUCUUUACUUUCGCUUCCUGGCUUCCGCAAGUCCAAGGCACCUUUCCACACUCAAGCCAAGAAAAGCUCCUUCUCCGGCCCAUCCAGUUUUGAGGGGAGGCGUCCUCAGUCACCCCCUGUGGUCGCAUCCAACUCGGCCAGCCACAAACCGCCCAUUCCUCCCGGGGCGGGACAGAGGGCGCCCCAGGUCCAGAGUCCCUUGGUCGGCAGCGGCACCGGCACCCCCUCUCGUGGACCCGCUCCGGCCUCGGACACUUUGCCUCCAAGUCAAAGCACACUCCCGCCAAACACUCUGUCCCCCAACCCGAGGAUCGUCUCCGAGCAAAUCACGCCCACCAUCCCUUCCCCUACCGCCAACAACACUCCUCUGCCGCUCUGCGUCGACCCAAAGAAGGACGUCGCCGAAGCCAAGACCCCACCUGUCGGGGAAGACGGCCGCAAGAAGAAGAAGAGCAAAGAGGACAAGAAGAAGGAGCGGGAGGAUGAGAAGAAGAAGUUGAAGGAGAAGAGGGAGAGAGAGAAGGCGGAGAAGGAGAAGAUGAAGAAGGAGAAGGAGCGGUUGGAGAAGGAAAAGAAAAAAGGGGGCAAGAAAAAGGACAAAGGGGGGGCCCCGCAGGCCGAGGACAAAAACGGUGCAGCGGAAACGCGGGAUUCGGCCUAGUUUGAUCGUGAAAAGAAAAGGUCAGCGUGACAAAAGACCCUCAGAGAUGGAGCCAUGCAUAAAAAAAAAUGGGAUGACUUCCUGGAUGGUGGUUUUAAAAAAAAAAACCACGGGGGUCUUUUUGCCCCCUUUCUCCGGCUUUUAAUCUCAUUUUCACAACAUUAAUGUUCUUUUUUUAAUUAAUAUUAUUUUAUUCUAAUGCAGCCAGGAACACUGAGGUGCCACAGAAGAUGUAAAUAAUAGUAAUAAUAACACCUUUCCGCCUCCAAAGACAUUUCAUUGGCUCGUCGUGUGCAUUGCUCGUUGACCCCCCCCUCACCCACACACAGCUGUACUACAUGGGAAAACUCCUGGAAAACGGAACCUUUCGGAUGUUGACAAACCUAUUUAUUGUUCUGUUAGAUGUUGUGUGUGCCUUUUAUGGUAGCGUAGCGUCAGUGUGGCGUGUGCGGCCCCUCCUGCUGGCGUGGAUGCGGAGGGACGCACACAGCACACAAGACCAGGGACAAGCGCUUUGGAGAGGAGUGUGUGCGUGUUUAGAUAACAAAAACAAGAAUGGGACUUUUUUUUUUUUUUGUCUUUUAAAUGUUUUUUUAGUUCGGGCCUCAGUGCUGACACCUUAAGCAGACGUUUCACGACAUACGAGUGUUUAUAACAACAUGGAAAUUACACCAAGAGUAUUAUUUUUUUUUUAAAACCCUAAUAUGCAUUUUAAUUUAGCCAAAUGUUAGAAUGAAGACGAUGAAGGAUGACCUUUGCACUUGUGAGCUCGUCACACUGAAGUCCACCAACGCUGUGGCUCUCAAAACAUAAAGCGCCACCUGACCCAAAGGUUCCAGGUGUGCUCAUGUAGCAUUAACCUGUGACCCCUAAUGUAUUUAUGUACAAAGUUGGUUAAUUUAAUCAAAUAUAUUAUGGAUGAUGAAUAUUAUUUCGGGUCGGACUAUUUUUCUAUAUGAGAGUAUCAGGCGCCUGGUUGACUGGAACAUUGGCCGACAGCCCGCUUUUUUUUUUUUGCACGUUGUCGUUGGCGGGAAGCUUCGAUGCUACCGCGAACUUUGUGGGAGUCAAAGGUCUUAACAAGUGAGCGUAAUUUUUUUGCUUCCUUAUUUGUGCGGUUGUCAGCAUUUUAACGCGCCACUAACUAUUUACGCUCUUUGUACUGGACUGUAAACGUGUUGUCGUGACAAGGGCCCAUCAGUCGGGGCCCAGACUCCCGUUGUUGUAGUGAAGGAUUGUGGGACUUUGUGUAGCCAACAUGUCCUCCCGUUAGCCGCCAUGCCAAUCCGUACAUGCCCGUGUAGCGUAGACCUGGACACUUCUAUGCAAACUGAUCUUCCAAUAUAUAUGUAUAUGUAUAUAUG